UUUUCCUCAACUCAAUUCGUAAUUUCGUGGAGAAUGGCGAGAAACGAGAGCCACGCUUCCAAUCCAAAUCCCUAAAUCAUUUUCCACAAUCUUUGUUUCCACCCAAUUUCCCUCUCUUUCCUUCCAAUCCAAUUCUGUUGCAAGCCACAAUUAUUUCAGACGGACAAAAUUCCCUUCUGUCUCUCCUUGUCCUCGCUCGCUCGCUCGCUCUGUUUCUGCAACCGCCGGUCGUCGUCGCAGGCGGGGCUCAUUGAACCCUUUUUUGUGUUCUUUAACCCACCCUCUUACAAUAAAUAUACACUGCUCAUACCCGCGUAGGAUGAGGGGGGGAGUACAUGCUGUCAAGUUGCAACUACUUUUCCGACUAAUUAUUGCGCCAAUCAGCGAAUACCGAAUUUCUAGGACGACUUCUCGUUACACGGACCCUGGGGUUUAAUUUAUUUGAGCUCUGGGGAACCGUUUUCUGGGUUUUUAGGUGGUGUUGUAAUCGUCUGUAGUUUUGUGUUUUUAUUAGAAAUUUGUGGUUUGUUGAGUAGUUUGAGCUGGAUGGAAAGAGGUUUGGUGAAGAGGGGUUUUGAAUUUACUAGGAGGAAGAAAAAAUGGGUAAUUGUGUUUGGUUUGGUAGGAUUCUCGAGCUAUGGCGUGUACAAAGUUUAUCACAUGCCCUCUGUUGUAAGGAAGAGGAAGAGAAUGAUGAAGGUGAUCAAAUCCAUUGUAUCAAUUGUUGAGAUGGUCUCUGAUUCUGCAGAGACAGUAAACAUUGUGUCAAAGGAUUUGAAGGAGUUUCUGAAGUCUGAUUCCGAUGAAAUUCCUACUAGUUUAAAGCAACUAUCGAAGAUUGCAAGGUCCAAGGAAUUCUCGGAGUCAGUGACUCGGGUUUGCCAUGCUAUGACAGUCGGUAUCUUAAGGGGUUAUAAAGUAGUGGAGGGUAGCAGCAAUGAGAUUCAAGAGGGUGGUGGUGUGAGUUUUUCGGAGAAAGUAGUGGAUAAAUUGAUGUCCAGUGCUGGUACAGGCUUUGCCUCAGUUGUUGUUGGGAGUUUUGCUCGGAAUUUGGUAAUAGGCUAUUAUGGAAAUGGAGAGGCCGGUGAACGGUUGAGUGAGAAUGGUCAUUUGGGAGCAUCCUAUGUUAAGUCAAGUUCCUCAACGUCGCCUUCGUGGUUAACUGUUCUCAUGGAUGAAAAAUGUAGGAUUUUAAUUGCUGACAGCAUCAAGACUUUUGUUAGCACUGCUGUUGCUGUUUAUCUCGACAAAACUAUGGAUGUCAAUUUUUAUGAUGAGAUAUUUUCAGGCUUAACCAAUCCUAAGCACCAGAAUAAGAUGACUGAAAUCUUGGCAUCUCUCUGCAACGGGGCAAUUGAAACACUUGUUAAGACCUCCCACCAUGUGUUUGCUGCAUCAAAACAACAUGAUAAGGUGGGAUCAGGUGACUCUUUCUCAAGCAUUGAUGAAACUGAAGUUUCGAGCCUGGAGGAAAAAAUGGAAUUGAAGCCGGAAGCCCAUGGAAAGAAGGAUAUUAAUGGGCACACUAAUCUGCAGAAUGCUGGAUGGGUCAGCACAGUUUCGUCUACAUUGGCUGUGCCAAGCAAUCGGAAGUUUGUACUUGAUCUGACAGGCAGGGUGACAUUUGAAACGGUUAGAUCUGUAAUUGAGUUUUUCUUAUGGAAGAUAUGUGACUGCUUGAAAAGAAGCCUGAAUGCAGUUAAUGAUGAAGUUAUCGGAAGAGGUUUUGAAGUUGUCAGAUAUGUUGGCGCGAAGUCUUCUGUCAUCCUCACAAUGUGCCUUGCAUUGUUCUUGCAUAUUUUUGGGAAAACCCAAGUAUUGUUGCUAGCAUAAAGUGAUUUGUAAUUUUCAUUCCAUGCAAGGACGGAUUCGCAUUCUCUUGAUAUUAUUGUGUAGGCAUCAAAUAGAAAUAUUUGGCUCUUACUACUUAGACUAUUUGUUGUUCUGAGCAUGCUUCUUGUUUAAAUUGCAUAUUUGCUAGAAGCAAAUAUAAACUGUUAUGUAAAUAAGCUGUAGUAGUUGGCAAUGGCCAGAAAUCAAUAAACUUGAUCAUAUUUAGGAUAUGAAAUGUGCAUUUUAUUUUUGGUUUCAA